AUGCCUGCUAGCGAAAUUCAAUAUUCUGAAAAAUAUUUUUGUAAAAACUUUGAAUACAGACAUGUAAUACUUCCAACUGAUUUAGCUAGAAAGGUACCUCGUACUCAUCUUAUGACUGAAACAGAAUGGCGUAAUUUAGGUGUACAACAAAGCCCUGGAUGGAUACACUUUAUGAUACACGAUCCAGAACCUCAUGUUCUUCUAUUUCGAAGAUCAGAUGGAGAUUUUAAAAAUAAUAUAUAA